CCUCUGUUGCUUGUUCCUUCCUUCUCUCUUUCAUUCUCUCGAUUUUCACCAUAACUGUCCGUGGUGACAACGCUUCAACCAUAUCAAAGCCGACUCCAUUCAAAUUAAACGACAAGGCAAUAGUCUGCAAUGUGGUAAACUCUUCCCCUGACGAAGCCAUCAAAUCACUUGAAAGGACUCUAGUGGAAACGUUGGAGAAAAAAUUCGAACAGCUUAUAGCCGCAGUUAACAAAACAGCUGAAGCUUCAUGUAAAGACAUCUAUGACAACCACAAGUCCGAAGGAAACAAACCUUACCCCUUACUGGUAAGCCCCCAGAAAAAGGUGCCCGUGUACUGUCACAUGGCAAGCCUGGGUGCGUGUGGAGGUGGCGGUUGGACGCUGGUCAUGAAAAUAGAUGGCGAUAAGCUUACAUUUCGUUACAAUUCCCAAUUGUGGAACAAUAAAGUCGACUUUAACCUUGCUGGUGGGAAGACUGGACUGGACAAGCAGGAGACUAAACUGCCAACCUACUGGAGUACACACUUCUCCAAGAUCUGUCUCGGUAUGAGGCUCGGCCACCAGGUGCGCUUCAUUAUGAUCAACAAGCAUGCAAACUCCCUGUACUCACUGAUCGCCGACGGAAAAUAUCGUGCCACCACAUUGGGUCGUUACCAAUGGAAGACUCUCUUGGGAUCCCAGUCCUCGCUGCAGGAGCAUUGUAACCUGGAAGGGUUUAAUGUACAUCCACGCCCAAAUCGCCGCAGGGUCAGAAUUGGUAUCCUUGGAAAUAACGAAAACCAUUGCAACUCUAGUGAUUCUAGAAUUGGUUUUGGUUCUGCUGAUUCCUCUAACGUUUGUGGUAAUGUGGCUGCAUGGAGAGGGGAUAAUGGAGAUAAGCAAAUAAAGGCCAUGGGAUACAUUUUCGUUCAGUGACAUUUUAGAAAAUCUUCAUCCUUAACCUGCUUCUUAAGGGGAAGUCGCAUAGCAAAAUGUAAUUAGCUUAAUUCUACAUAAGCAGGUGUGCUUGUCUUUCAUAGGCUGUAAAACGUACGCUUUGGAAUAAAAGCAUGUUAAGCGGGGCGCUCUUAAUACGACAAAGUUUUCACUCUUCAGAGGCGUUAAUAGAUCAGAAAAACACAAAGAGUUGUAAGACUGAGAAAUAAAGUUGG